CUACUCCCGCCAUCCGUCCUCUGGGCCCGAUCCUUCCCGGCCGGCUCUGUGCAGACGGCCAGCCACCUCUCCCGACUUGGUGAAAGUGAUUUCCCUUUGAUCGCCUUGGUCUACACAACCAGAGAACAAAAUUCGUCUCUUCUUUGGGGGUGCUUAAUCCCUAUGUGCACCACAAAUUGCAGUGGGGGAAGAAGGGUGAUGCUUCUUGGAUGAGGAUGGAAAUCCCACCCGGCAGGAUGAGGUCAAAGUGUGUGACCUCGCCACCACAGAGGUGCAGAGUGAUCAUCUUUGUUUCCCUUCCAAGUCGUCCCCGCACUGCUUAUAUCCACGAUGGUGUAUGGUGAGCUUUUCCAUCGCCCUGGACAAGAUGAGGAACUUGUCAACUUGAAUGUGGGGGGCUUUAAGCAGUCGGUUGAUCAAAGCACCCUCCUGCGGUUUCCUCACACCAGACUCGGGAAGUUGCUGGCCUGCCAUUCCGAAGAGGCCAUUCUGGAGUUGUGUGAUGAUUACAGCGUGGCUGAUAAAGAAUACUAUUUCGAUAGGAAUCCUUCUUUGUUCCGGUACGUGUUGAAUUUCUACUACACGGGGAAGCUGCAUGUCAUGGAGGAGCUGUGUGUGUUCUCCUUCUGCCAGGAGAUCGAGUACUGGGGCAUCAACGAGCUGUUCAUCGACCCCUGCUGCAGCCAUCGCUAUCAGGAGCGCAAGGAGGACCACCCCGAGAAGGACUGGGACCAGAGAAGCAACGUUGUGAGCACGGAUACCUCCUUCGAAGAGUCGUCUCUCUUUGAGAAAGAGCUGGAGAAGUUUGACAAGCUGCGAUUUGGACAGCUCCGGAAGAACAUUUGGAUCAGAAUGGAAAAUCCUGCCUAUUGCCUGUCGGCCAAGCUUAUUGCCAUCUCGUCCUUGAGUGUGGUGCUGGCUUCCAUCGUGGCCAUGUGUGUCCAUAGCAUGUCCGAGUUCCAGAAUGAGGACGGAGAGGUGGAUGACCCUGUGCUGGAAGGUGUGGAGAUUGCAUGCAUCACUUGGUUUACUGGGGAGCUGGCCAUCCGCCUGGCGGCUGCCCCCUGUCCUAAAAAGUUCUGGAAAAACCCUCUAAACAUCAUUGACUUUGUCUCCAUCAUUCCCUUCUACGCCACAUUGGCUGUCGACAGCAAGGAGGACGAGAGCGAGGGCAUUGAGAACAUGGGCAAGGUGGUCCAGAUCCUGAGGCUGAUGAGAAUUUUCCGAAUUCUAAAGCUUGCCCGACACUCAGUGGGGCUCCGGUCUCUGGGGGCCACCCUGAGGCACAGCUACCACGAAGUCGGGCUGCUCCUCCUCUUCUUGUCCGUGGGCAUUUCCAUCUUCUCUGUCCUCAUCUUCUCCGUGGAGAAAGAUGAGUCCACUUCGAGCCUCAGCAGCAUCCCCAUUUGCUGGUGGUGGGCCACCAUCAGCAUGACAACCGUGGGCUACGGGGACACCCACCCGGUCACCUUGGCUGGGAAGCUGAUUGCCAGCACGUGCAUCAUCUGUGGCAUCUUGGUGGUCGCUCUUCCUAUCACCAUCAUCUUCAACAAGUUUUCCAAGUACUACCAGAAACAGAAGGACAUGGAUGUGGACCAAAGCAGCGAGGACCCUCCGGAGAAAUGUCCUGAGCUUCCUUACUUGAACAUUAGGGAUAUCUAUGCACAGCGGAUGCACGCCUUCAUUACCAGCCUUUCUUCUGUGGGAAUUGUAGUGAAUGACCCGGAGUCUACCGAUGCCUCCAGCCUCGACAAUAAUGAAGACGUGCGUAGCACGGCAUCCUUAGAGAACUGCACAGCCAAGUGAGCAGGGACAUGUGUGCCUGCAUCUUGUGUCCUUUCCCGACAUUAGGUUAAUACAGCUUUAUCAACCUCAAUAGGUUCGUUAAAAUCAUUUAAUUCUCAGGGUGUACCUUUCAGCCAUAGUUGGAUAUCCAUUACUCUAAAUGAUAGACUCGUCUUUAUUUUUCUCAAUGAGGUGAAUUAAAUGCCCUGUUUUGAAAUGUAUUUUUUACAAGAGAGGGUUAUAAUACAGUUUGGGGGAACAAACGGUGUGGGGUAGGACUUGUUGCUGUGGCUUAUGCAUCAUGCUGUGUUUGUCAUUUACUCACAUUGAGCUAACUGUACAUAAUGACACGUAGAAGCAAAGGCCAAGCCAAUGAAGACUCGAGGCAAUGCAUGUAAACCCAUGUCCACGUCCUAUAAAAUGCAAAUGAGGAGCCUAAUAAACUUCCUAGUUCGGGAUGGAGAA